CGCCAGCGCUGGGGGUUUGGCUGCGCCAGGGGACUUAUCUUGAUUCCUUGGGACAGCCCAGCUUCUUCCCGGCAUGCUCCGCUCCCAGGAGCCGCCUGCAGGUCCCGCGCCCGGACUUUGCCAUCAGCUGGGGGACGGCAGCUGGAGCGCCCCGGAAUGCGUCCUGCAGUUGCAGCCUGAGCCUCCUUACCAGGCCUGCUCUGUGCUGUGUCUUUCAAGCUGCAGCUGGUGCGGGGGAUGUGACCAGGACCCAGGGAGCCUCUGGAAGCAUGGAGACCGUGGUCAUUGUUGCCAUAGGUGUGCUGGCCACCAUCUUUCUGGCCUCCUUUGCAGCCUUGGUGGUGGUUUGCAGGCAGCGCUACUGCCGGCCUCGGGACCUGCUACAGCGCUAUGAUUCCAAGCCCAUCGUGGAUCUCAUCGGGGCCAUGGAGACCCAAUCCGAGCCGUCUGAGCUGGAACUGGAUGAUGUCGUCAUCAGCAACCCCCACAUCGAGGCCAUUCUGGAGAAUGAAGACUGGGUUGAAGAUGCCUCGGGUCUCAUGUCCCACUGCAUUGCUGUCUUGAAGAUCUGUCACACUUUGACAGAGAAGCUUGUUGCCAUGACAAUGGGCUCUGGGGCCAAGAUGAAGAAUUCAGCCAGUGUCAGCGACAUCAUCGUGGUGGCCAAGCGGAUCAGCCCCAGAGUGGACGAUGUUGUGAAAUCAAUGUACCCUCCGCUGGACCCGAAACUGCUGGACGCUCGGACAACUGCCCUGCUCCUGUCUGUCAGUCAUCUGGUGCUGGUGACCAGGAAUGCCUGCCACCUGAGCGGGGGCCUGGACUGGAUUGACCAGUCACUGUCAGCCGCCGAGGAGCACUUGGAAGUCCUUCGAGAAGCAGCCCUGGCUUCUGAGCCAGACAAGGGCCUCCCAGGCCCUGAGGGCUUCCUGCAGGAGCAGUCGGCCAUUUAG